CAGAAGCCAUGGAGUUGAGCUGCAGUGAAGUACCUCUUUAUGGGCAGAUGACAGUCUAUGCAAAGUUUGGCAAAAAUGUUUAUCUUCCCGAAGAUGCUGAGUUUUACUUUAUUUAUGAUGGAUCUCAUCAGAGACACAUUGUGAUCGCAGAGCGCAUCGAGGAUAACAUUCUCCAAUCCAGAAUUCCAGGCCACCGGCUUCAGGAGACGGUGACGGUGUCUGUGUGCCUCUGCUCAGAAGGCUACUCCCCGGUGACCAUGGGCUCUGGCUCAGUGACCUACGUGGACAACAUGGCCUGCAGGCUGGCCCGAUUGCUGGUUACCCAGGCUGAUCGCCUCACAGCCUGUAGCCACCAGAGCCUGCUCACCCCAUUUGCCCUGACGGUGGCAGCACUACCUGCUUUGGAUGAGGAGCUGGUACUGGCUCUGACCCAGCUGGAGCUACCUGCGGGUUGGACUGUGCUGGGAAGUUCUUCACUUGAAGUAUCUCUACAAAGAGAGUCUCUUCUACACUUGGCUGUGAGAUGGGGCUUGGCUAAGCUUUUCCACUUCUUCCUGUGUCUCCCUGGGGGAGUGCAGGCCUUGGCAUUACCCAAUGAAGAAGGCGCCACACCCUUGGACUUAGCUUCACAUGGUGGACACUCCAGGCUGGUGGAAGACAUCACCAAUUUUCAGGACAAGUGUUCCCCAGGCUUUUCUCGAGUUCGGCUCAGUGAAGAUGCCUCCCUGCAAUACAUUCACUCAUCAGAAACACUGACUCUGACCCUUAACCACACAGCCGGGCAUUUGUUGGAGGCAGAUAUUAAACUCUUCCGGAAAUACUUCUGGGACAGAGCCUUUCUUGUCAAGGCUCUUGAGCAAGAAGUCAGGCCAGAGGAAAGACCAACUAUGCCUUCCCGAGUUGCAGAAACUGAAGAAGAGAUUAAGAAUGUGGGUUCCAGCAGAUCGCCAACUGAAAAGGAGGAUGUAAAGUGUGUCAAAAACCUGGAGGUUCAACCGAGUGAACAUGAGGACCAGGAGAACCUAGAUUUGGAUCGCUCCUUUGAUGCCCUCAAAACAUCCAAGCACUCCCCGACUUUCCUUGMGGCAGGCCGGCUUUCCCACAUGCUGAAUGGGGGUGAUGAAGUCUAUGCUAACUGCAUGGUGAUAGAUCAGGUUGGUGAUUUGGAUAUCAAUUAUAUUAAUAUAGAGGGAAUCUCUGCCUGCACCAGCCCUGAAUCCACUGGUCCCUCGCUGGAGCCUCAGAGCUGCAAGCAGAUCCUUCCUGCUGACACCAGCCCCAGUAUGUACCCACUCGGGGAGAACAGCCAAGUGAUGGCAGAUUCGGAAGCCCAGCAGUCUUUCAUAUCACCAUCUAGUUCAUGCACUUCCAACUUGAACCUUUCUUUUGGUCUUCAUGGAUUCGAAAAGGAACAAAGUCAUCUGCAGAAAAGAAGUUCUAGCCUCGAUGCCCUGGUGGCCGACAGUGAAGGAGACAGGCAUUCCGAGCAGCCACACCUGUGCUAUACUCCAGUGUCUCAGRGUUCCUCAAGAACUGGGAUUCCUAGUGGCGAUGAACUGGACUCUUUUGAGACCAACACUGAACCAGAUUUCAAUAUCUCCAGGACUGAAUCACUUUCUUUAUCAAGUAAUCUGCACUUGAAGGAAUCAUUGCUUUCUGGAAUCCGCUCACGUUCUUAUUCCUGCUCAUCACCCAAAAUUUCCUUAGGAAAAACUCGGCUGGUGCGUGAUUUUACAGUGUGCAAUUCAAGUGAAGAGCAAAGAGCGUACAGCUUACCAGAGCCACCAGGAGAAAAAAGAAUUCAGGAAGAAGAAUGGGAUAAAUACAUCAUCCCUGCCAAAUCUGAGACUGAAAAGUAUAAAGUGAGCCGAACUUUCAGCUUCCUCAUGAAUAGGAUGACUAGCCCUCGGAAUAAAUCCAAGAUGAAAAACAAGGAUGCCAAAGACAAAGAGAAGCUGAAUCGACAUCAGUUUGUCCCAGGAACAUUCUCUGGGGUUCUGCAAUGUUCAGCUUGUGAUAAAACACUCCCGGGGAAAGAGUCAUUCCAGUGCUCCAACUGUAACGCAAAUGUACAUAAGGGUUGUAAAGACGCCAUGCCUCCGUGCACCAAGAAAUUCCAAGAGAAAUAUAACAAGAACAAACCACAGACCAUCCAUGGAAGUUCUUCAGUGAGAGACAUCCCACAGCCUGGGCUCUCCCUGCACCCCUCUUCGUCCAUGCCUAUCGGAUUGCCAGCUGGAAGGAAGGACACUGCAGGGCAAGUCCAUCCAUUGUCCAGAAGCGUUCCAGGCACCACAUUGGAAAGCUUCAGAAGGUCAGGGACAUCAUUGGAAUCUGAGGGUGACAGUAACAACUGGCGAAGCAGGUCUCACUCCGAUGAGCUGCUACAAUCUGUGGGCUCUUCUCCCUCCACAGAGUCUUUCAUGAUGGAAGAUGUAGUGGAUUCUUCUCUGUGGAGUGACCUCAGCAGUGAUGCCCAGGAGUUUGAAGCAGAAUCCUGGAGUCUUGUGGUGGAUCCUUCCUUUUGCAGUAGGCAGGAGAAGGAUGUCAUUAAAAGACAGGAUGUCAUUUUUGAGCUAAUGCAAACAGAAAUGCACCACAUCCAGACCCUGCUCAUCAUGUCUGAGGUCUUCAGGAAAGGUAUGAAGGAGGAGCUGCAGCUGGACCAUAGCACUGUGGAUAAAAUCUUCCCCUGUUUAGAUGAGCUGCUCGAAAUCCACAGGCAUUUCUUCUACUGCAUGAAGGAACGCAGACAGGAAUCCUGUGUGGACAACGACAGGAAUUUUGUGAUCAACCAAAUUGGAGAUAUUUUGGUACAACAGUUUUCAGAAGAAAAUGCCAGUAAGAUGAAGAAAAUAUACGGUGAAUUCUGUAGCCACCACAAAGAAGCUGUUAGCCUUUUUAAAGAACUCCAGCAGAAUAAAAAGUUUCAGAAUUUUAUCAAGCUCCGAAAUAGUAAUCUUUUGGCUCGUCGCCGAGGAAUUCCAGAAUGCAUUCUCCUGGUCACUCAGCGCAUCACAAAAUACCCUGUCUUGGUGGAAAGGAUAUUGCGGUAUACCAAGGAAAGAACUGAAGAACAUAAAGACUUAUGCAAAGCUCUUUGCUUAAUUAAAGACAUGAUUGCAGCUGUGGAYCUGAAAGUCAACGAAUAUGAGAAAAACCAAAAAUGGCUUGAGAUUCUAAGUAAGAUCGAAAACAAAACAUGCACAAAGCUGAAAAACGGCCACGUGUUUAGAAAGCAGGCCCUGAUGAGUACAGAGCGAACCCUGCUGUAUGAUGGUCUCGUUUACUGGAAAACCGCCACGGGACGUUUCAAAGAUAUCCUAGCUCUACUUCUAACUGAUGUGCUGCUCUUUUUACAAGAAAAAGACCAGAAAUACAUCUUUGCAGCCGUAGAUCAGAAGCCAUCCGUUAUUUCCCUUCAGAAGCUUAYUGCUAGAGAAGUUGCUAAUGAGGAGAGAGGAAUGUUUCUGAUCAGUGCUUCAUCRGCUGGUCCCGAGAUGUAUGAAAUUCACACCAAUUCCAAGGAGGAACGAAAUAACUGGAUGAGGUGGAUCCAAUAGGCAGUAGAAAGUUGCCCAGAAGAAGAAGGGGGAAGGACAAGUGAAUUCGAUGAAGAGAAGUGGAAAGCUGAAGCCAGAGUGGCCAGAAUUCAGCAAUGUCAAGAAAUACUCAGUAAUCAAGACCAGCAAAUUUGCACAUAUUUGGAAGAAAAGCUGCAUAUCUAUGCUGAACUGGGGGAGCUGAGUGGCUUUGAGGAUGUCCAUCUAGAACCUCACCUCCUCAUUAAGCCUGAYCCAGGAGAGCCUCCUCAGGCAGCCUCUUUACUGGCAGCAGCACAGAAAGAAGGAAGGUUUCUGCAAGUUGCAGUGAAGGCCUCACAGAUGGGCGAUGCAAGUCAGCCAUCUGAGGAAGGUGGCGGAGAAGCUGUCUUGGUGGACACACUCCAUUCUGCUGAUGUACCAGGACCGCCCACUGCUCCACUAGACACAGAAGGGACAGAAGGAAGAGGCUGUUGGGAUGUGGAUCCCGGGAUCCAGGGUGUGGUAACCGACUUGGAGGUCUCUGAUGCAGGGGAGAAGGUGGAAUAUAGAAGUUUUUCAGAAUCUUCACAAUCAGAGAUUAUACAAGCUAUACAGAAUUUAACUCGUCUUUUAUAUAGCCUUCAGGCCGCCUUGACCAUUCAGGAUAGCCACAUCGAGAUCCACAAGCUGGUUCUGCAGCAGGAGAGCCUGGCCCCCGGCCACUCUUUGCGAGGCGGCUCCUUCCAAGACCAGGAAAAGUCCCGCAACCUGGAGAAGCAGCGUGAGGAGCUGGCUAACAUCCACAAGCUCCAACACCAGUUCCAGCAGGAACAGCGGCGCUGGCACCGCAGGUGUGACCAGCAGCAGCGGGAGCAGGAGGCCAAGGAGAGCUGGCUGCAGGCGCGGGAACGGGAGUGCCAGUCCCAGGAGGAGCUUCUGCUCAAGAACCGCAGCGAGCUGGACCAUCAGCUCCAGGAGUACCAGCAAAACCUGGAGCGGCUGAGGGAGGGCCAGAGGAUGGUGGAGAGGGAGAGAGACAGCGUGCGCGCCCAACUGGGCCUGCAGUGUCAGUGGAAGCACAGCCGGCAGAGCAGCCUCCCCGCCGCCUUUCCACCAGGAAGCAAGGAGGUAAUGGAACUUAAUCCAUCUGAGGGUUUUUGUCGUGAAAAUUCACUCCUCGUCCAUGAAGCUUUAGUACAAAUGUCACUUAACACUUUCAGUAAACCGAGUCCAUCAGGCAUCCACGAGGAUGCCACUUACCCCUCAAAUAUAUCUAAUUCUGAUUUGGUGAGGACUAGUGAAAAUCAAGUAAACCUCAAGACRGAAGUUUCUCAGCCUUCAGAUGUCAACCAUGAACUGUGGACAGCUGUUGGGCCCUGUCAUCAGAUACCUCCUCUCCACGAAAGCAGCAAGGAUUCUUGUAAAUAUGGUAAUUAACACCUUACACAUCGCCUGUGUAGUUUCAACAAGAAAUUGUGUUCUCUGAAUGAUUGGCUCUUCU